GGUGGCGGCGGCUGCGGGCGCUGCUCCCGGCCCGGCCCGCGGCCGUUCUGCUGCCCGCAGUGCGGGAAGGCGUUCGGGAAGAAGGCGCACCUGACGCGGCACCUGCGGGUGCACACGGGGGAGCGGCCCUUCCCCUGCCCGCACUGCGGCCGCCGCUUCCGCCAGCGCAUCCACCUGCGCUCCCACCUGCGCACGCACACCGGGGAGCGGCCCUACCCCUGCCCGCGCUGCGCCCGCCGCUUCCGCAAGAAAACCCACCUGGACCGGCACCUGCGCACCCACACCGGGGAGCGCCCGCACCCCUGCCCGCGCUGCGCCCGCCGCUUCGCACACCGCCAGCACCUCCUGCGCCACCUGCGCCUGCACGGGGACCCCGCGCCGGGACACGGCCACCGCCGUGGGGACGGGCACGGCCCGGGCCCCGCCGACGAGAAGCCGCUGCCCUGCCCGGGCUGCGAGAUGAGCCUCAGCUGGAAGCAGAGCCCGGCGGAAGCGAUGCCGGGAGCCGGGAAUGGACACCUGGACGAGCACCGGGAUGAGGACGGGGACGUCCCCGCUGAGGAGAAGCUGCUGAUUUGCCCCCAGUGUGGGACGAGCCUCAUCUGGAAGCAGAACUCGUCGUCGCACCUGUGGCAGCACCUGGAGAACCAAGCCCUCGGCUGUGCCCUGCAGCCCCCGCAGGAGCCCGGAGCCCAGGACCCCCAGCUCCCGUCACAGGUGCCCGGUGCCGACCGCAGCCGGGACCCCCAGCCCCUCCCGCAGCCCCCGCAAGCGCCCGGUGCCCAGGACCACCGGCCGCGGGAGCCGAGUGCCACGGGCGGCCCCGGCUGCGCCCAGGACCCCCCGCAGGCGACCCCCGCCCAGCGCCCCUUCACCUGCCCACAGUGCGGGCGCGGCUUCGGGCGCAAGGCGCACCUGGCGCGGCACCUGCUGGUGCACUCGGGCACCCGGCCCCACGCCUGCGCCCGCUGCGGCCGCCGCUUCAGCUCCAAGACAAACCUGGGCCGGCAUGAGGCCGUGCACACCGGGCUGCGGCCCCACCACUGCGCCCGCUGCGGCCGCGGCUUCACCCGCAAAACUCACCUGGAGCGCCACGAGCGCACCCACGGCACCGGCACCAGGACGGGCACGGGCACGGGCAGCGCUGGCACGGGGAUGGGCACGGGCAGUGCUGGCACGGGGAUGGGCACGGGCAGCGCUGGCAUGGGGACAGGCAUGGCCAGCGCUGGCACGGGGAUGGGAGGUGCCAGGGGCUCCAGCGGUGAAUCCCUGGCACUGCGGUGUCGGGAUGUGCCGGGAGGUGCCGCGGGCCCUGACGGCUGCCGGUGGGGGAUCCCGGAGGAUCCCGGCCCGUUGUGCCACCGGCAGCGCUGUGGCCGGUGGCGCUGGCAGCCCCCCGGCGGGCAGGAGGCACCGGAGCGAAGCCGAGAUGCCAAUAAAGCCGUUUUUAUGGAACUUUGCGGGGAGCCGGGGGGAAUCUCGGGCCCGGGGGGCGGGCCGGGGGUCGCGGGGGGCGUGGCCCGGGGGGAGGGCGUGGUCAAAGCAGGGGCGGGAACGGACACUCGGCCCGGAGGGGCGGGGCCUCGCUCCCAUGGCAACGGGGGCGGGGCUCGGGUGGGGGCGGGGCCGCCGGGAGCCGCCGCUCGGUUCCCCCCAGCUACACCCCACGCGUGUCCCCUGACCACACCGAUGGCCUUUGGGUCCUACGCGUGUCCCCACAUCCCCGAGACCCCCCCAGAUGUGUCCCACACGUGUCCCCACAGCCACCGUGUCCUUCCAGAGCCGUUCCCCAGUGGCUCCCGGAACCCCUUUCCCUGCUCGGGACCACCCCCGGGGAUGGAGGGGCGCGGGGAGGAGGAGGUGACACCCCCACAUGUGCCCCACGACACGUCCCCCGUGUCCGCCAGGUGUGCCCCACGCGUGUCCCUGUGCCCCACGCGUGUCCCCGCGCCUCAGGGCACCCCACAGCCGCCGCGGGGGCUCCCCGGUGCCACCGCAGCCCCUCCGUGCCCCCAGGAGCCCCCCGCAGGGAUGGAGGGGCGCGGGGAGGAGGCGCCGGAGCCGGAGGCGUCGGAGCCGUCGGAGGAUGAGGAGGAGGAGGAGGAGGAGGAGGACGAAGGCUCCGGGGUGCGGGUGACGCCGGCGCUGCUCAAGGCGGCCACGGGCGAGUUCUCGCUGGAGUCCAUCCUGCUGCUGCGGCUGCGGGGCCGCGGCAUCGCCCACCUGGGCUGCCUGGCCGACUGCUCCAACCUCGAGUGGCUGGACCUGUCCGGCAACGCCAUCGCGGGGCUGGCGCCGCUGGCCACGCUGCGCGCCCUGGCCGUGCUCAACCUGGCCGGGAACCGCGUGGCGAGCGUGGAGCCGCUGCGGGGCUGCCGCAGCCUCCGCCAGCUCAACCUGGCCGGGAACCGCCUGCGCAGCCUCCGCCAGCUGCGCUGCCUGCAGGGCCUGCGGCACCUGGAGAGCCUGAGGCUGCGGGACCCGCUGGGCAACCUGGGCAACCCCCUGUGCGCCUCGCCCGCCUACCGCGCCGCGCUGGCCGCGAUGCUGCCCGGCCUCAAGGCCAUCGACGGGCAGCGUGUGGCCGGCAGAGGCAGCGAGCUGUUCCGCCUGUGCCGGGAGCUGGACGCCGCGCUGGACACCGAGAGCGCGCCCGCCGCGCCCGCGGAGCCGCCGCAGCCCUGGGUGCGGGCCGGCUUCUGGGAGCCGCGGCCGCUGGCCCGGAGCGCGGUGCUGGAGGAGGCCACCAGGCAGCUGGGCCAGGCCCUGCGGGAGUGCCGGGAGCUCGGCCGCCGCGCCGAUGACUCCAUCGCCCAGGGUGGCUCCCACAUGGGCAAGUGGCCCAGGGUGGGGGUCCCUGAAGCCCUGGCUCUUCCCAGACACGGGACAGUGUCCAGAGGCACCCCGGGAUGGACCCGGGGCACCGGGAUCAGCUCGGACCCGUUAAUGAAUAACCGAGCUCAGCCCGGCCAGCAGCGCCGAUCCCGGGGCACCCCCGGACACCCCGGCACCCAGCGCCCGCCCGUUCCCUCUGGGACACCCCAAUCCCCUCCGCAACCCUCUCUCUGUUCCUUCUGGGACCCCCCAAUUCCCGUGGUGGUCCCGGAUCCUGAACCCCGAAUCCCGAACCCUGUUGUCCCGUGCUCGGUGACCCCGCUCACCACCCGCUCCCCGCGGGACACCCACCGUGACCCCCUCGCUGCUCUCGUGGCCACCCUAAAGCCCAAAUCGCAGCUGCCGGUGCCCGGGGCUGCUCAGCCCCUCGGGGACCCCUCCCACCGCCUGGCCCUGCUGGGCACCGCGUCCCCCUCCCCAUUCCCUCUGGGCACCGCCGCCCCCUCCCCGAGCCCCUCCCCAUUCCCGUGGCCGUGCCGGAUCCCGGUGCGGGAUUCCGGUGUCGGAUCCCGGUGCCCGUUCCUGGUGCCCGUUCCCGGUGCGGGAUCCCGGUGUCGGAUCCCGGUGCCGGUUCCCGGUGCCGGAUUCCGGUGCCCGUUCCCGGUGCCGGAUCCCUGUGCCCGUUCCCGGUGUCCGUUCCCGGUGCCGGAUCCCGGUGCCGGAUCCCGGUGCCGGAUCCCGGUGCCGGUUCCCGGUGCCGGAUCCCUGUGCCCGUUCCCGGUGUCCGUUCCCGGUGCCGGAUCCCGGUGUCCGUUCCCGGUGCCGGAUCCCGGUGCCGGAUCCCGGUGCCGGAUCCCGGUGCCCGUUCCCGGUGCCCGUUCCCGGUGCCGGAUCCCGUUACUCACCCUCUCGAUGACCCCGUCCACCUCCCGCUCCUUGAAGAGGAAAUGCACGUUGCUGCGCCCGUGGAAAUAUUCCAGCACAUCCCGGACCACGCGCCGCUGGAGCGGGGACUGGCCCGCGGCCACCGCGGCCACCGCCAGGGCCAGCGGCAGCCACAGGGACACCGGGAACCUCAUCCCGCCGGGAACGGCCUCAGGGAGCCGCGGGCCGCUGGCGUCGGGCUGGCAUGAGCCGAUUUCCUGGGAUCUGCCCCCAAAUCCGCCCCCGGGACGGCCCCGCGGGACAAGCCGCUGCCGUUCCGGGGCCAUUCCCCGCUCGCUGCCGCCGCUCCCGGUGCCUCCCAUCCGCUCCAAUCCCAUCCCGAACUACAGCUCCCAGCGCUCCCCGGUUCUCGCCGUUCCCGGCCGGAUCCGGCCCCGCUCGGCGCCUUCCGCACCCCAAAUUCCGGGGGGAGGAGGAGGAGGACCCCGCCGCGGCCAUUUGAGGGACUCGGUGGCGGAAGGAGACCGGGAAAAGGCCGGGAAGAGGCCGGGAAAGAGCCGGGAAGCGGCUGCAGAAGAGCCCUCGCAGAGGCCGGGAAGGGCCGGGAGGGGCCCGGGGGGAGCGAUGUCCGCGGGGGGCGCGCCGCAGCCCGCCCACGCCCUGGAUCUGCUCCCGUAUUCCCGGCUGAGCCCGGCGCCGCGGGCCGGAUCCCAGCUGGAUGCCGUCGGCGCCGAGAUCCCGUCGGAUCCCUGCACAGGGUACCGCUUCUUUAAGCCGGGGGGUUUGUUCGGGAUGAAGCCGCCGGAGGAGCCGUUCGGAGCCGCGCGGACGGGCCCGGAGGACUCCAAGGCUCUGGGCAGCCCCUGCGCCGUGGAGCCUGGGCGGGUGAGCAAGGUGGAACCCGAGGAGAAGCCCGGGAUCGGCGCCGGCUCCCUGGAGCUGUUUCCGGCCGCGGGCGGCAGCUCCGGCCGCUGGUUCCCCGGCGGGCAGCGCGGCCCCGAGCCCCCCCGGGACCCCCCGGCUCCCCGCGCCGGCUGCUGGGGGGCCCAGGGGGGCGUCCCCGGCCCCUUCCGCUGCGCCCAGUGCGGGAAGGGCUUCCGGCAGAAGCAGAGCCUGGUGACGCACGAGCGCAUCCACACCGGGGAGAAGCCGUUCCGCUGCGGGGACUGCGGGAAGAGCUUCAGCCAGCGGCCCAACCUGCUGACGCACCGGCGCGUGCACACGGGCGAGCGGCCCUUCCCCUGCGCCCAGUGCGGCAAGAGCUUCUCGCAGAAGGCCAACCUGCUGGCGCACCAGCGCAUCCACGGCGCCCACCCCGACGAGGGCAAGGCGCGGGCGCGGGCGCCGGCGCGGGGCUGCCCCGAGGACGCGCCCUUCGUGUGCCCCGAGUGCGGGAAGAGCUUCCGGCAGAAGCCCAACCUCAUCACGCACCGGCGCAUCCACACGGGCGAGCGGCCCUUCUCCUGCUUCCUGUGCGGCCGCAGCUUCAACCAGAAAACCAACCUGGUGACGCACUACCGGGUGCACACAGGUGAGCGGCCCUUCGCCUGCGCCCAGUGCGGCAAGCGCUUCACCCAGAAAACCAACCUGGUCACGCACCAGAGCACCCACACCGACCUGCGCCCCUUCCCCUGCGCCCAGUGCCACAAGUGCUUCAAGGACAAGGUGUCCCUCAAGGCCCACCAGAAGACGCACGUCCCCCGCCAGCGCCGCUGCCCCGCGCGCGGCCCGGCCCCCGCCGCGCCCUUCGGGGCCGCGCCCGCCCUGCUGCCCCCCGCGCCCGCCCCGCAGGACCCCGCUCCCUUCGCCCCGCUCCCGCCCGCCCCGAAGCUCCCCGAGGGCGCCGAGCUGUUCCCCAGCCCCGAGAAGGGCUUCCCGCCCCCGCCCCCGGGCGAGCCCCCCUUCCCCUGCGCCCACUGCGGCGACGGCUUCUGCCCCAAGGUGCCCCUGCUGCGGCCCCCCGAGGCGCCCUCCGCGCCCUUCGCCCCCGCCCCGCCCCUCCUGGGGCCCCUGGGGGCGCAGCCGGGGCCGGGGGAUGCCGCGGCCCCCCCCGAGAAGCCCUUCAUCUGCAACCAGUGCGGGAACAGCUUCGGGCUCUGGCUCGCCCUCGUCGCCCACCAGAAGAGCCACGCGGGGCACAAGCCGUGCCCCGGCGCCCCCCCCCCGGAGCCGGGCGCCGAGCAGCCCCCCGGGUCCCCCCCGGCGCGGGCGGGCGAGGGCCGGCCCUGGCCGUGCCCCGAGUGCGGGCGGGGCCUGGCGCAGUGCGAGCGGCCGCCGCGGCACGGGCACGGCGCCGGCGGGCGCGGCCCCUUCCGCUGCGACACCUGCGGCAAGCGCUUCAGCCUCAAAACCAACCUGGCCACCCACCAGCGCAUCCACACAGGUGAGCGGCCCUUCACCUGCGGCGUCUGCGGCCGCCGCUUCAACCAGAAGGGCAACCUGGUGACGCACUACCGGGUGCACACGGGCGAGCGCCCCUUCGCCUGCGCCCAGUGCGGGAAGCGCUUCGCGCAGAAGCCCAACCUGCUGGCACACCAGAAGACGCACCUGGGCCGCCAGCCCUUCACCUGCCUCGAGUGCCCCAAGCGCUUCAAGAGCAAACUGUCCCUGCGGGUGCACCAGCGCGUGCACACCGGGACCCCCGGCCCGGCCCCCGGCGCCCUGGACCCCGCCAGGAGCCCCUUCCCCUGCGCGCUCUGCGGGGAGGCCUGCGCCGAGCACGGGGUGCUCCGACCGGGCCACGGCGGCGGCGAGCGGCCCCACGGCUGCGGCGAGCAGCUGCACGGCUGCGCCAAGUGUCCCCACGGCUGCGCCGAGCGGCCCCACGCUUGUGCCGAGCGGCCCCACGGCUGCGCCGAGCGGCUCCACACCUGCGCCGAGCAGCGCCGCAGCUGCGCCGAGCAUCCUCACCCCUGCAGCGAGCAUCCUCACCCCUGCAGCGAGCAUCCUCACCCCUGCAGCGAGCAUCCUCACCCCUGCAGCGAGCAUCCUCACGCCUGCGGGGAGAGGCCCCACGCCUGCGGGCAGCCGCCCCCCUGCGCUGAAUGUCCCAACCCCUGCGAGCAGCCCCACGCGUGCAGCAAGCGGCCCCACGCGUGCGCCGAGCAUCCUCACACCUGCGAGCGGCCCCACCCGUGCGAGCGGCCCCACGGCUGCGCCGAGCAGCCCCACGCGUGCCCCGAGUGUCCCCACGCGUGCCCCGAGUGUCCCCACGCGUGUGCCGAGUGUCCCCACGGCUGCGCCGAGCGGCCCCACGCGUGCGCCGAGUGCGGGAAGCGCUUCCGGCAGAAGGUGAACCUGGCCGUGCACCUGCGGACGCACACCGGGGAGCGGCCGUUCCGCUGCGCCGACUGCGGCAAGGGCUUCAGCCAGAAGGCUCACCUGCUGCGGCACCGCCGCACCCACGGCGCCGGCCUGGCCCCGGCCUGCGCCGCCGGGGACCCGCUGGCCAAGGGCCCCGAGCCCCCCGCGCUGCUGCUGCCGCCCUGCUCCCGCGGAGCGCCCCCGGCGCGCCCCGACAGCCCCUCGGGCGCCGCCGACAUCCUCCUGCAGCUGAUGCAGGACGAGCCCCCGCCCGGCCCCGCCGCCGUCCCGGCCCCGGUGCCCCCCUGUAAGUGCCCCGGGGCGGGCCCGAGCCCCCGGGCACCGGGGCUGCCCCCGCCGUGCUGCUGCGCCGCCUGCCUGGCCCCGCGCCCCCCCGAGCCCCCCCGCGGGCAGCUCUGGGCCAAGGCCGGGGGCUGUGCUCGGGCCUUCGAGGAGAAGCGAGUGCCGGGAGCGCCGGAGCGGGAGUGCGGCGAGGAGAAACCCGCCCCGUGUCCCGGCUGCCUAACCUUCCACGCUGUUCCGGACUGGGUGGCGUUGCUUAAGGACACGGUUGGGAUGGGAGCGCCGGGCCCGUCCUGCUGCGGGCUGACCUGGGGUCCCCAGUGCGGCUCCGAGGUGACAUUCCAGGAGGUGACAUUCCAGGAGGUGACAUUCCAGGAGGUGACAUUCGAGGACGUGGCCGUGUAUUUCUCCCCCGAGGAGUGGGUGCAGCUGGCGCCCUGGCAGCGGGCGCUGCACCGGCAGGUCAUGUGCGACAACUACGACCUGGUGGCCAGCCUGAGGGACCCCAACUCCAAGUUCAGCCAUGUGAAGGAGGAGUCACACGGGGGGGUUCCCUGCGCUGGGGGGCACAGCGGAGCUCCCGACACCAUUUGCAGGGGUGCCUGGAGCGGGUGUGACAGCAAGGAUGACACCGGGGGACGCUGGGACCCGCGGGCCGAUGUCCCCAGCUCCUGCCGGCGUGCCACCGAGCCGGGGGGCUGUGCCAGGGCCCGGCCCCGGCAGCCGCCGGCGGUGUCGGGGCUCCUCAUGUGCGGGCCGAGCUGCGGGGCCGGUGCCGCGCUCCGGGCGCCCCCGGGCCGGCCGUACCUGUGCGGCACCUGCGGCAAAACCUUCCGGCACCGCCGCAGCCUCCUGGCUCACAAAAAGCUGCGGGGAGGGGCCCGGGCCCGGCACGACUGUCCCGACUGCGGCCGCUCCUUCUGCCUGCGGGGGGACCUCCUGCGGCACCGGGACACGCACCGGGCGCGGCCCCCGCUCCGCCGCCACCGGCGCUUCCCGGGCGCGGCGGGGCCGAGCGAGGAGCGGCCGUUCGAGUGCGGGCGCUGCGGGCGCAGCUUCAGCUGGAGGGAGAGCCUGGAGCUUCACCUGCGGGGCCACGACCGCCCCGAGCGCGCCCACCCCUGCCCCGAGUGCGGGCGCGUGUUCCCGCACCGCGGGCACCUGUGGCUGCACCGCCGGGCGCACUCGGCACUGCGGCCCUUCCCCUGCCCCCGCUGCGGCCGCGCCUUCGCCUCCCGGGCAAACCUCAGCAGCCACCGCAGAACGCGCCGGCACUGCCGGCCCCGCGGGCAGGGACCCCCGGGGGACAGGGACAAGGACAGGGACCCCCAU